AACAUUACAUGUAGAAAAAUUUGAAAAAGAAAACAAUAAAAAACUUACAAUAGAUAAUCUAGAAGAAUCAGAAAAAGUCCACUACAUAACUAAACAGAUAAUUGAACUACAACACCGAUUAUUAAAUUUAGAACCAGCAAUUCAAACUGAACAUAUAACACAAGAAUAUAAAGAAAAGUAUAAACUACACCAACUAGAAGAAAUUCUAUUAAAUGAAUUAGACUAUAUAUUCUACAACCUGAUACCUGAAAAAUUAGCAAAAACAAAACUAUCCAGACCAAAUGAAACAUAUUAUAAUAUUAAAGUAAAUAAAAAAUGA